CAGCUACGAGGCCUUUGAUUCGUUAUAUUCAUAGAUAAGGUAGAUUUCGUCCAAGUCCCUGCAUUCCCUUCAAAUCCAAAUGAAAAAUCAGUUACUCUCUCAUCUUCCUUCUCCGCGAUGGAUCCGAACCCUAAAAGCUUCCCCGUCCUCUCCUACGUAAUGUAUCAGAUGGGACAAUUCUCCGCCGACGAUUCCGUUCCCGCCGAUUUCGACAUCGAAAAGCCCAAUCCCGGGCCCAUUCCAUCCAAAGAAGGAGAAGUUUUUGAACAGAUGCCUCAUCUGAACCGUCCACAUCUCCUCAACUCGAUGGCUGCCGCAGUGUCCGACGUGGCCCACACCCGAUCCAUCCUCCAAAUCCUCGGCCCCCGUCCCGAUCACGAGUCCGUCGACGUUGCCCGUGCUGCCCUCGCCGACAUAGAAUCCCGCCUCUCCAACCAGCUCGAGGAGAUCGCCCUCGACCAGCGGCCAGAAGGCGUAGUCCAGCUGGACUGGCGGGCCCAGCAGGCGGAGAGGGAGAGGGAGAAGGCGGCAGAGGAGGAGAAGAGCGCGUACAAGGCGGUGGUGCAGCUGGACGAGUUGCACGAGGCAUACGAAAAGCUGCUGAGGGACGCCGAGCAGCGGCUGGUCAAGAUUUACGACUCAGCAGAGGAGGCGGGCCCGGAUUAUGUCCCGGCAAAGGACGUAGAGAUGAAUGAGGAAGUGGUGGGGAUUCUGCGGCAAGCAUCUGAUGGGUUGGAGAGGGUGGAGCUCAUAGGCAGGGAGCUGCCAUUUCUUCCCGAAGAAUUCAGGCGUCUUCAUGGACUGGUGGUGCUCAACCUCUCCGAAAAUCAACUCGAGGUAAUUCCUGAUUCAAUAGCUGGGUUAGGGAAUCUGCAGGAGCUUCAUCUUUCCUCCAACCUUUUGGUGUCACUACCAGACUCCAUCGGACUGUUACUUAAUCUGAAGAUCCUAGACGUGUCAGGAAACAAGCUUACGGCGCUACCUAACAGCAUCUCCCACUGCAGGUCACUUGUGGAGCUGGAUGCAAGCUUCAAUGGACUGACAUAUUUGCCAACAGAUAUCGGGCAUGAAUUAGUCAAGCUGCAAAAGCUCUUGAUCCACCUCAAUAAGAUCCGCUCUCUUCCCACAUCCAUUUGUGAGAUGAGGUCUUUGUGCCAUCUUGAUGCCCACUUCAAUGAGCUCUGUGGUCUACCACACACAAUCGGGAGAUUAACGAAUCUAGAAAUCCUAAAUCUUAGCAGUAAUUUCAGUGACCUGACAGAGCUUCCAGACACAAUUGGUGAUCUGUCUAAUCUCAGGGAACUUGAUCUCAGCAACAAUCAGAUCCAUUCUCUGCCUGUUACAUUCGGUCGACUUUAUAAGCUCACCAAACUUAACUUGGACCAGAACCCACUUGUCAUUCCGCCUGCAGAGAUUGUGAAUAGAGGGGUUGAGGCUGUUAAGGUAUACAUGACAAAUAUGUCGCUCGACAUUCUGAUGGAGGAAGAACAGAGGAGCAUGCUUGAAGUGGAUGAGCAUUCUCAAGCCGGUUGGCUGACCCGCAGCACCUCAUGGUUGAAUAACUGGGUUGUUGGAGUUUCUGAGAGUGUCACAGGAUCUAUGGGAACUGGAGAGAAAUCUCAAAGAGAUCCAUGUCUUGAUCAGCAGUUAUGAUUUCUGGACCCCACUCCAGUAUUUUUACGUUUUUGUGGCAUGUACAGCUGAUAAUGAUUAAGCACCUUUUUUUAACAGCGGGAACUUGCUCGUGCCAUUCCAUGAUACCAGAAACAGCAAACUGCUUCUAACCUUUUUCCUGCAGUUUGUAUUAUUGCUCUUGAAAAUGUCCACAGGUUUCGUGUCAAUAAAUGAAAUAAGUACUUGCAAUCUUGUUUGUACGUUAUUCAUUUGUAAUGAAAUUCGUAAGCAUUCAUUUUUGUA